GUGACAGUGCUGGGGGAGUGCGAAGAUGGCGGCGUCGCGUCGCUCUCAGCAUCAUCACCACCAUCAUCAGCAACAACUCCAGCCCGCCCCAGGGGCUUCGGCGCCGCCGCCGCCGCCUCCCCCACCACUCAGCCCCGGCCUGGCCCCGGGGACCACCCCAGCCUCUCCCACGGCCGGUGGCCUGGCCCCCUUCGCCUCCCCGCGGCACGGCCUAGCGCUGCCGGAGGGGGAUGGCAGUCGGGAUCCGCCCGACAGGCCCCGAUCCCCGGACCCAGUUGACAGUACCGGCUGUUGCAGUACCACUAGCACAAUCUGUACCGUCGCCGCCGCUACCGUGGUCCCCGCGGUUUCUGCUUCAUCUGCCGUUGGGGUCGCUCCCAACCCAGCUGGCGGUGGCAGUAACAAUUCACCGACGUCCUCUUCUUCCCCGACUUCUUCCUCAUCUUCCUCUCCAUCCUCCCCUGGAUCCAGCUUGGCGGAGAGCCCCGAGGCGGCCGGAGUUAGCACCACAGCGACAUUGGGGCCUGGGGCAGCGGGACCUGGGAUAGGGGUCCCAGCAGUGAGCGGGGCCCUACGGGAAUUGCUGGAGGCCUGUCGCAAUGGGGACGUGUCCCGGGUAAAGAGGCUGGUGGACGCGGCAAACGUAAAUGCAAAGGACAUGGCCGGCCGGAAGUCUUCUCCCCUGCACUUCGCUGCAGGUUUUGGAAGGAAGGAUGUUGUAGAACACUUACUACAGAUGGGUGCUAAUGUCCAUGCUCGUGAUGAUGGUGGUCUCAUCCCACUUCAUAAUGCCUGUUCUUUUGGCCAUGCUGAGGUUGUGAGUCUGUUACUAUGCCAAGGAGCCGAUCCAAAUGCCAGGGAUAACUGGAACUAUACUCCUCUGCAUGAAGCUGCCAUUAAAGGGAAAAUCGAUGUAUGUAUUGUACUGCUGCAGCACGGAGCUGAUCCGAACAUUCGGAACACUGAUGGGAAAUCAGCCCUGGACCUGGCAGAUCCUUCAGCAAAAGCUGUCCUUACAGGUGAAUACAAGAAAGACGAACUCCUAGAAGCUGCUAGGAGUGGUAAUGAAGAAAAACUAAUGGCUUUACUGACUCCUCUAAAUGUGAAUUGCCAUGCAAGUGAUGGGCGAAAGUCUACUCCUUUACACCUAGCAGCGGGCUACAACAGAGUUCGAAUAGUCCAACUUCUUCUUCAGCAUGGUGCUGAUGUUCAUGCAAAAGACAAAGGUGGACUUGUGCCUCUUCAUAAUGCAUGUUCGUAUGGACAUUAUGAAGUCACAGAACUGCUAUUAAAGCAUGGUGCUUGUGUUAAUGCUAUGGAUCUCUGGCAAUUUACUCCACUACAUGAGGCUGCUUCCAAGAAUCGUGUGGAAGUCUGCUCUUUGUUACUCAGCCAUGGUGCUGAUCCUACAUUAGUCAACUGCCAUGGCAAAAGUGCUGUGGAUAUGGCUCCAACACCUGAGCUCCGGGAGAGGUUGACUUAUGAAUUUAAAGGUCAUUCUUUACUACAAGCAGCCAGAGAAGCAGACCUAGCCAAAGUUAAAAAAACACUUGCUUUGGAAAUUAUUAAUUUCAAACAGCCACAGUCUCAUGAAACAGCACUGCACUGUGCUGUGGCAUCCCUGCAUCCCAAACGAAAACAAGUGACAGAAUUGUUACUUAGAAAAGGAGCAAAUGUCAAUGAAAAAAAUAAAGAUUUCAUGACUCCCCUGCACGUUGCAGCAGAAAGAGCUCAUAAUGAUGUCAUGGAAGUUCUGCAUAAGCAUGGAGCAAAGAUGAAUGCACUGGACACCCUUGGUCAAACUGCUUUGCAUAGAGCUGCACUAGCAGGUCACCUGCAGACCUGCCGCCUCCUGCUGAGUUAUGGCUCUGAUCCCUCCAUCAUCUCCUUACAAGGCUUUACAGCAGCGCAAAUGGGAAAUGAAGCAGUGCAGCAGAUUCUGAGUGAGAAUACACCUAUACGCACUUCUGAUGUUGACUAUCGACUCUUAGAGGCAUCUAAAGCUGGAGACUUGGAAACUGUGAAGCAACUUUGCAGCCCUCAAAAUGUGAAUUGCAGAGAUUUAGAGGGCCGGCAUUCUACACCCUUACACUUUGCGGCAGGCUAUAAUCGUGUGUCUGUUGUGGAGUACCUUCUACACCAUGGUGCCGAUGUCCAUGCCAAAGACAAAGGUGGUUUGGUGCCCCUGCAUAAUGCCUGUUCAUAUGGACACUAUGAGGUAGCCGAGCUUUUAGUAAGGCAUGGCGCUUCUGUCAAUGUGGCGGACUUGUGGAAAUUUACCCCUCUACAUGAAGCAGCAGCCAAAGGAAAAUAUGAAAUCUGCAAGCUCCUUUUGAAACAUGGAGCAGAUCCAACUAAAAAGAACAGAGAUGGAAAUACACCUCUAGAUUUGGUAAAAGAAGGAGACACAGAUAUUCAGGACCUACUGAGAGGGGAUGCUGCCUUGUUGGAUGCUGCCAAGAAGGGCUGUCUGGCAAGAGUACAGAAGCUCUGUACCCCAGAGAAUAUCAACUGCAGAGACACCCAGGGCAGAAAUUCAACUCCUCUGCACCUAGCAGCAGGCUACAAUAACCUCGAAGUAGCUGAAUAUCUACUAGAGCAUGGAGCAGAUGUUAAUGCCCAGGACAAAGGUGGUUUAAUUCCUCUUCAUAAUGCAGCGUCUUAUGGGCAUGUUGACAUAGCAGCAUUACUGAUAAAAUACAACACGUGUGUAAAUGCAACGGAUAAGUGGGCAUUUACUCCUCUUCAUGAAGCAGCCCAGAAAGGAAGGACACAGUUAUGUGCCCUACUCCUAGCACAUGGUGCAGAUCCAACUAUGAAGAACCAAGAAGGUCAGACACCUUUAGAUCUGGCAACAGCUGACGAUAUCAGAGCUUUGCUGAUAGAUGCCAUGCCCCCAGAGGCAUUACCUACUUGUUUUAAACCUCAGGCUACUGUAGUGAGCGCCUCUUUGAUCUCACCAGCAUCCACCCCCUCCUGCCUCUCCGCUGCUAGCAGCAUAGAUAACCUCACUGGCCCUUUAGCGGAGUUGGCAGUAGGAGGAGCCUCCAAUGCAGGGGAUGGUGCAGCUGGUACAGAGAGGAAGGAAGCAGAAGUUGCGGGUCUUGACAUGAAUAUCAGCCAGUUCCUAAAAAGCCUUGGCCUAGAACACCUUCGGGAUAUCUUUGAAACAGAACAGAUUACACUCGAUGUACUGGCUGAUAUGGGUCAUGAAGAGUUGAAAGAAAUAGGCAUCAAUGCUUAUGGACACCGCCACAAAUUAAUCAAAGGAGUAGAAAGACUUUUAGGUGGACAACAAGGCACCAAUCCUUAUUUGACUUUUCACUGUGUUAAUCAGGGAACUAUUUUGCUCGAUCUUGCUCCAGAAGAUAAAGAAUAUCAGUCAGUAGAAGAAGAGAUGCAAAGUACUAUUAGAGAACACAGAGAUGGUGGUAAUGCUGGUGGCAUCUUCAACAGAUACAAUGUUAUUCGAAUUCAAAAAGUUGUCAACAAGAAGUUGAGGGAGCGAUUCUGUCACAGACAAAAGGAAGUGUCUGAGGAGAAUCACAACCAUCACAAUGAGCGCAUGUUAUUUCACGGUUCUCCUUUCAUUAAUGCCAUUAUUCAUAAAGGGUUUGAUGAACGACAUGCAUAUAUAGGAGGAAUGUUUGGAGCUGGGAUUUAUUUUGCUGAAAACUCAUCAAAAAGCAACCAGUAUGUUUAUGGAAUUGGAGGAGGAACAGGCUGCCCCACACACAAAGAUAGGUCAUGUUAUAUAUGUCACAGACAAAUGCUUUUCUGUAGAGUGACCCUUGGAAAAUCUUUUCUGCAAUUCAGCACAAUGAAAAUGGCUCAUGCCCCUCCAGGACAUCACUCAGUUAUUGGUAGACCAAGUGUUAAUGGGCUGGCAUAUGCUGAAUAUGUCAUCUACAGAGGAGAGCAGGCAUACCCAGAGUAUCUCAUCACAUACCAGAUCAUGAAGCCAGAAGCUCCUUCACAGACUGCAACAGCCGCAGAGCAGAAGACCUAGUGAAUGUCCACUGAUAAAGGCCAGAUUGGAUUUAAACCUGGGACUAGCUUGUUUCCAACAAAAAGAAUCAAUAUUCUGUAAAUCCCUGACAGCCUAGACACGAGCUGCUUGUGUUUUAUAGAGCAUUGCUGUAGUGAUGAAUAUGGUGUGAGUAACUGACACAUACUCAACUGCUGCUGUUCCCUUGAGGGAAUGUUUACAGGGGCGGCCUUUCAACAUAUCUCAGGCUCAUUUUCAUUGCAGUUAUCCAUACCUAAACAAGGUUUCUAGAUUUAGAAAUGGAAAAGAAAAAACGAACCAGUACUGUUCUAAGUGUCCACAAUUCACACACCACCUUUGCUUUGUUGUGUAUGGCAUGUGUGUGUAACAAACACGCACAUAUGACAGGCUUGUUCUUUAUUUUUUCCAAACAUCAUGCAGCCUUGGUGCUUUUUUUUUUUUUUUUUUAAUGGUUACUUUGAAAAUGAGCCAGAGUCGUCUUGAGGAUAUUUUGCACAAAGUCACACUGACUAAAAUCAUUUGCGGUGCAACACAUGCUUCUGGCUGAGCAAGAUUUUUUCCACUUUUUUUUUUUUAAACUUUCAUUUGUUUUAUUUUAUAUCCGUGCUUCCCAUUAACGUAAAUUGAGAUGAAAAGAAAAAAUAUCAAAUUUCAGUUUCCUUUUAUGAAUUGGCCCCAAAAUCAUCCUGACUUGGGAGCUCCCAAGUUCAGAGAAGUCAAGCUGGUGAGAGCUGCUUGCUCUUUCCAAUACAAGCCUGCUGCAGAGGCGUUUCGGACAGUGCUGGAGAUCCACGGAGAGCACAGCCAGAGAAAUGUUUGCAGUGAGGCUGCUGUGACAUUCCAUGCUGGGGUGAAACAGCUAGGGAGACUGUGAAGGAGGAGCAGCAUUAAGAAGGGGAGGAGCCUGUGCUUCUAGCUCAUUGCACCCCAAAAGAAUCGAGGGGACUCCUCAAAGAAUAAAUGAUUCCCUUCAUUAAGUCUAUACCACCAGAAUUGUCGCCCCCAAAACUAGCUGCCUUAUUUCCAAAGUCAGUGGAAUUAUCGUACUCAGAGUCACAAAAAUAUUACUUUCCUGUUUCUUUAGUUUAGAAAGCUAGGAUUCAAAUCCUGUUUAGCAGAUGGAUAUACACAAAUGCAAGAACUUUUUUGUUUACUUGAGAUUUGGGGUUUAUUUUGAGUGGCAUGCUUCAAAUAGUUUAUAAAGAUCCCUGCACUAAAUUUUUGAACUAUUUCUUCAAACUUCUUAAUAUAUUUAGACAAGGAGAAUAAAGAUUGAAACCAAAGCCCUUUCGGUUAUUUUUUUAAAUGAAGGUAAUAGAGAAAUACCAUAUUGUUUUAUUUGUGAAAUUACUGCUUAUUUUAAUCAUUUGCCAAGUGCACAUUGACACUUAAUUUGCCCAUUACAGUUCUUAAACUUUCCCUUUUCACCUUAACUGAAUAUUGAAUUGAGUGCAUUAGUCUAUUUACUUGAUAUGCUCUGCAUUUACUCAGCUUUGAAGCAAAAGUAGUAAAACAUGGCAGAAAAAUAGGGAAAAAUAGUGUGACACAAACUUGCCAUUUCAAUUUAAAGCCCUGAAAACUAAAGUUGGGGGAGAUUUGUUUUUGAAUGCAGGCUGAUUAAGCUGUGACCUCCUCUAAUAUUCUGAAGUGAAAUAAAGUGGUUACAUGCAAAAAUUCUAGAAAUAAGCUCUUAAAAUAUACAUUUUGCUUUCUUUUUGGCUUGAGUCCAAUGCCAGAACUAGGCAUUCAAACAGUUUAAAUUUUGUAGCUGAAUCUUGCAUGGAUUCUCAACAUAAAAAUCAGGAAUUGGCCCAAGUUGUUGCUUCUAUUGAAGUUUCACCAGCCCAACCUGGGUGUUUGUGUCUCAGCUACUUGUUUCAUAGCACUAGAAUUCCAUAUGAAGCUUUGAAAUUUGAUAUUCAUUGAGGGCUUUUUCCCCCCUACUUUCCUUCUGUUUUGCUGUGUGUAACAAAGGAUUGAAGAAAUUACCAUCUGUGUAGUUUUCAGUAGCUGUGAAGUGUGUAUUACCUGCCCCUCCCCCCUGCCUUAGACAUAGUUUUAAAUGGUAAACACAGCUGUGAUUUUUAGUUAAGUAAAAGAGUUAAUAUGGUAUAGAUAUGGAAAGCUUUAUAGCUUCAUUAAAAAGAUAAACCACUACCUGACUAUGGUUGUAUGUCGUUUCCAUCAUACUAACUAGAUUAAUGGAUGUGCCAGUUUUAAAUGUGGGUUUUACACUUGAGAAGUUGAACUGUGGUUCAAUAUUUAAACUGCCAUUAUUAUAUGUUUGAUGUUCUGUGGGCCGAGUAAAGGUACCGUGUAAGGAACACAUUUGCAGUGCUUCUUGUCUUGUACUGAUUCAAGUAUGUAGUUCUUGAAAGAAUGUACGUAUAUUAUUCAGCUGCUAAAGUGAGAAGCAGGUUAAUGGAUAUAUCACAGGAGCCAAAUACAUUUUUUCAGAACUUUAAAAGUCAUAAUGAGUGCACUCAAAAGUUAGCAAAAGUUUAUUAUAUUUGGGAUUUUCAUCUAUAGCAACGUAAAGAACCCUUUGGAAUAUAAAAGCAUGCCAUUAAAUUAGACCAAAGUCUAUUUAAUUUCUUGUAUAUGCACUGAAUAGAAACACUAGCAAGUUAGAGACUUCCAAUAUGGCCUCUCCUGAAAUGGCCUUUCUGUUUCCCAAACCAUAUGGAAGAGAGAAUCUGAACAUCUUCACCAGUUUUUCCAGAGUUCUAAAAUCAAAGGGCUUCUGUAGACCUGAUGGUUCCAGUUUACCAGGUAUUGGCCAACUGGGUACUUAACUCAGGCAUAAUUAUGUGUCCUAGACUAGACACUGUCUCUUUAUACUUGACCUGCUUCCCUUUUCCCCAGGUUGCUAGUCUGGAAUUAAAUUAGGUGUAACAGUUUUCUUUGACCCCACUCAUUUUCCUCCUUUCUUCAUCUUGGUUCUUAUAGAAGAGACUAAGUACUCUCCAACCAGAGAUGGGUCAUUAGGCCUCCUGUGCUCUGCUCAGAAGAUUCUGCCACUUUGUUAACAAAUGACAGCAUGGAACCCAGAGUUUUAAUUCUAUGCAAAAUAAUAGCAGUACAAUUAGGAUUUUUACUUACCUUUUCCUUCCUUUGCAGUUUGGAAUUUCUAGCUUUUCAAGCAACAUACAUAAAAUAAACAAUAUUAGGAUGUUUUUGUGAAAUAGCAUCCUGCACUACUUUGAGCUUGAUGUUAGUGGCUAGACUAGUUCCUUUCCUCUCAAAAUAGCAAAGUGCAUUGAAAUACAGAGAAAUGCCUGAAUAUGGCAAGCAAAUAAAGUAAUAUAAAUUAACGUUCUAUAAGUAUAGACGUUAUACAAAAAAUAACAUUUUGGUUUAUGCUGGAAAACAACAUUAGAAAUGCAGUAAGUUGUCUAGGUUUUUCUCUAUCUUGGUAUAUCUCCCAGUUGCACAGAGGGUUAUUGGACAUUGCUCCCCCUCCUUUUUAAACAUGUGCACUAUCUUGAUUCCUGCAAAUGGCCUUGCAAAUAGAAAUGGUGUGUAUUUUUAAGCACCUUUCCCCCAUUGUGUCCCAAUCCCAUGUGUGUGAUACUGUGAUAAACAGUCUUUUUGCUGCAUUCUCUGUUGGGCUGAUUAUCUUGUGUAUAGCUAUAGACUUUGGUCAUUCAGCAAAUAUACAAAACAGGUAUUAAGACAGGAUUUUAUGUGUUGGAAGUUUAUUUAAAGACAAGUUAAAUUUUAUGUCAAAUGACAGAGAAAUGAAAAGAGUGUAAUUGUGGAAGUAAUAUUUUAGCUAUUAUUGGACACAUCUAGCCUGUGAAAAGGAAGUACAUUCAAAAAAUACCACCCUAUAAAGUGAGGCUUCAUCAGGCAAUUUGUGCAUUCUACAAUUUAUAGACAACUAAAUUGUUCGUAAGAAAGCCUUAUACGGCAGAAACUUUUUAACCUUUUAGUAAACAAAACAUUAUAAUGCCGUUUCUUAGUGUUUGAAAGAUAGUCAGGCAUGUCUCCAUGUAUUUCAUACCUGUUACGCUUAUUUAUGAGGGUGUAUUUCAUAAGUGAUACUCCCCUACGUGCAAUGGAGCUGAUACAAGCACUCUAUUCCAAUUUCUGCAAAUCUGAAAUUUCUCAGCUACCAGAUCUUCUGGUCUGGAGAAAUGCUAGAAAGAUUUCAAAACCUAUUAAGUUGUGUAUGUGGAGAUAUAGCAACAACUGUGAUACCGCGUGGAAUUUGAGUGAUGUGCAAGCUGUUUUUUAAUCAUUUUAAAAUAUAAACUAUAGUGAUAUUAAGGUGAAAACCUGUAGGAAGCUAAAGAUAUUAUAUAUUCCAAAUAUGGUUGUGGUGCAACUAGUUUUAUACAUCUGCCAGAGAAUUCUGUCUCCUUUGAAAUAACAUUCACACUGAAGAGCUGACUGCAUUCUGACACUUCGUUCUUUCACAUUCUCUUUUCUGCUCUACAAUGAUCUCCACACGGACCCUACCACCCAUCCUUUCAAAGAGAUUGCUCUCCUGCUCCAAAAUUCAGAUUGUUUCAUUUUUUAAUCUGUCCACCCAUUUCUGCAGGCAGCCCUGAAAGCCCUUUGUUGAUUCAGAGCUUUUACAGAGAAAUGCAGUUAAACCCUGGUAGUGAAGUGUCCCUCACACAUCCCCAUGCCUCUCCCAAAGUUCAGGAUUAAAAGCUAGAAAACACAACAGUAAGUGAAAGUUGGAAAGGAACAGAAAUCUUUGAGACUAAUAACUUAGACCUAGAAGAUGACCUUGGGUAUAUAACCAUUGUAUUCAUCACACAAACACUUAAGCUCUUCUUGUGCAUAUAGUACCUGCUUCUACUCCCCAUGUUUCAAGCUCAUCUUAUCUCUGUGGUAGUAAUGUUUGUCUUUGAUACCUACAGACUAAAAAGGUACUUUUAUAGACAAGUUUUCUCAAAAUCAUUUACAAAACCAGCUUUGAGGAAACCUGGACUGUUUCCAGGGACAGCAUUUGGCGUAGUAAUUGUAUUUUCUCAUUGUGAUGUUGGUCUGUGUAAGUAACCAAUGUAGUGACUCUUUGGUUCAUUACUGAUGUUUUAUUUGUAGUCUCUGUGUGACCCACGAGUGCAGGGGGUUCCAACCCCUCUCCUUUCUUGUUUGCAUCUGUCUAUUUGUAGGAUUGUCAGAUAAAAUAUAGGAUGCUCAGUUUAAUUUGAAUUUCAGAUAAGUAAUUUCUUUAGCGUAUGUUUCAUGUAAUAUUUGGCAUAUACUUAAAGUAAAAAAAGUAUUCAUUAUCUGAAGUUCAAGUUUAACUGAGCAUCCUGGUUUUUUGCUUUGUUUUAUUUUGUCUUUCUAAAUCGGACAGCCCUGCCGAUUUGAUCAUGGAAAAUCGCUUAUAGCAUGGAAAUGCCUCUAGUCUUCUUUUCUUUGACCUGGAAUAGAAGACCUUCUUUCCCUCACCCUCUAGUUAUUUCCAAAAGAGGGCAUCAGGGAACUUAACCUGCCUCCAUGGUGGGUUUCUAUUUAAGAAAUCUUUGUGAUUAUAUUUAAUCUGUAAUUGUGCUUUGGCUUAACAUCUAACUUACAGUACUUGUAAUUGAUUAUAUUCAAUAAAAACAUUUUUAAAGUACA